AUGAUGCCCUUCGGCCUGAAAAAUGCCGGAGUGACAUAUCAGAGGCUGGUGGACCAAGUGUUCGCCGAACAAAAAGGCCGCAACAUGGAAGUCUAUGUUGAUGAUUCCAUCGUCAAGAGCAAAGAAGCGAAAGACCAUGUUGCGGACCUAGCCGAAACGUUCACCACUCUGAGAAAACACCAAAUGAAGCUGAAUCCGAAGAAAUGUGUCUUUGGCGUGAGGUCAGGAAGGUUCCUGGGCUUCAUGCCGCUGGAAAAAGUCCUCGACAAGGUGGAAAAAUCAGGCAGAUUAACUAAGUGGGCUUUCGAGCUCACUGAAUUCAGCAUCACCUACCAGCUGAGGGCAGCUAUUAAGGCCCAAGCCUUAGCAGAUUUCCUAGCCGAGUGUUCCUACCAAGAAACACUCGAAGGGAAGGGGUCUUGGACUGUAUUCACGGAUGGCUCAGCCACCAUAAAUGAUUCGGGAGCAAGGGAAGUGAUUACCUCUCCCGAAGGCAAAAACUUCGAGUAUGCACUCAAAUUUUCGUUCAAGGCUUCUAACAACGAAGCAGAAUAUGAAGUAGCAAUUGCUGGCUUAGAAUUGUGCAUAGCUCUCGAAGGCAAGCAUGUCUGUUUAAAAACAGACUCUCAGCUGGUCGCUAAUCAGAUUCGGGGCGAAUAUGAGGCAAAAGAGCCCUCCAUGAUCUCUUAUCUCGCCAAGACCAAGUCAGUCAUAGCGAAGCUGAGAAUUUUUGAAAUUGAGCUAAUCCCAAGGGGUCAUAAUGCUCAAGUCGACGCGCUUUCCAAACUUGCAAGUUCAACUCUCACCGAGCUGAACCGAUCUGUAUAUGUGGAAGUGCGCCGAAGUAGAAGCAUUGACCAAGAAAUUGGGGUCCAAUGCGUCGAAGCUGAGCCAAGCUGGAUGGAUCCCAUCCUGGCUUAUAAGCUUCAGGGAACACUCCCCGAGGACAAAAGCAUAGUCGCAAAAAUAAAGAGAAUCGGCUCAAGGUUCAUUGUCUACAAUGGGGAAUUGCUGAAACAGUGUUUCUCAGCCCCACUGCUGAAAUGUGUGGGCCCAACAGAUGCGGAUUAUAUCCUUUGGGAAAUCCACUUCGGCAUCUGCGGAAACCACAUAGGGGGAAGGGCCCUGGCCCAUAAAGCACUACGGGCAAGGUAUUACUGGCCAACCAUGAUCCAAGAUGCCAAGGGCCUGGUGCAGAAAUGUGAAAAAUGUCAGAAAUUCGCACCAGUUAUUCAUCGGCCGUCGAGAGACCUUCAGCCGAUUCUGAAUCCACUCCUUUUUUCUCAAUGGGGGUUGGAUAUUUUGGGACCAUUUCCUGAGGCUCCUUAUCAGAAAAAGUGGCUGAUAGUCGGAAUUGACUACUUCAGCAAAUGGAUAGAAGCCGAAGCAGCUUCAAACAUAACUAAGCAAACUUGGAAAUCGGCUCAGAAAGCCUUCGAGUUAACCAGUUCUCAGCCGAAGAAAAUGAACCAACUCAUGAAAGGAUCCCUCGAUUUCCUGGAUGAAGUCCGAGAUUCGGCCAGGGAUAAAAUGGUUGUGUACAAGCAGAAAACCAACAAGUUCUAUAACCGAAGAGUCCAAGAAAGACACCUCAAAGUUGGAGACCUUGUGCUUCGGAAUGCUGCCGCUGUUCAGAAAAGCCGUAUACACGGAAAACUUUCGGCAAACUGGGAGGGGCCAUAUGAAAUAUACGAUGAGCUCUAA